CAAAUUGUAUUUUAAACAAGCUGGUGGUCAAUUAGUUAUAAAAGAAUUAUUAAUAAAAAAGUAAAUAAAUUUUAUUGUGUUUAUACAUAUAUAAAGUCCAUAAAAAAACAACAAAGAAAUUCUAAAAAACAAAUUAAAUUGCAUUUAUAAAACCUCACCUCCUCUUAACAUCUACAAUACCUGGAGGUAUUCUCAGUUUAAGCAGCAAUCAAAAUGCGUUCAGUAUUAGCUUUAUUAUUGGCUUUUGUAGCCUUAGCUCAAGCUGUUUCUUUGACAGAUCUUUCCAAAGAAGAAUGGCAUACCUAUAAGUUGGAACAUCGUAAAAACUAUGCCAACGAGGUAGAGGAACGUUUCCGUAUGAAGAUUUUCAAUGAAAAUCGCCAUAAAAUUGCCAAACACAAUCAAUUAUAUGCUCAAGGCAAAGUAUCCUACAAGCUGGGCUUGAACAAAUAUGCCGAUAUGUUGAAUCAUGAAUUCAGAGAAACCAUGAAUGGUUAUAAUAAUACAUUGCGUAAAUUAAUGCGUACUCAAUCUGGUUUAGUGGGUUCCACUUUCAUUACACCCGCUCAUGUAACUAUACCCAAGUCGGUAGAUUGGCGUCAACAUGGUGCCGUUACUGGUGUUAAGGAUCAGGGUCAUUGUGGUUCAUGCUGGGCUUUCUCCACCACUGGUGCCUUAGAGGGUCAACAUUUCCGUAAAACCGGUGUUUUGGUAUCGUUGAGCGAACAAAAUUUGGUCGAUUGCUCUACCAAGUAUGGCAACAAUGGUUGCAAUGGUGGCUUAAUGGACAAUGCCUUCCGUUAUAUUAAGGAUAAUGGUGGUAUUGAUACCGAAAAAUCUUAUCCUUAUGAGGGAAUCGAUGAUUCUUGCCACUUUAAUAAGGCUACUGUGGGUGCCACCGAUACCGGUUUCAUUGAUAUACCCCAAGGUAAUGAAGAGAAAAUGAUGCAAGCUGUUGCCACUUUGGGUCCCGUUUCCGUGGCCAUCGAUGCUUCACACGAAUCUUUCCAAUUGUACAGUGAAGGUGUUUACGAUGAACCUGAAUGUGAUGCUGAAAACUUGGAUCAUGGUGUUUUGGUUGUAGGCUAUGGCACCGAUGAAAAUGGCAUGGACUAUUGGUUGGUUAAGAACUCUUGGGGUACCACCUGGGGCCAAGAUGGUUAUAUUAAAAUGGCUCGUAAUAAGAACAACCAAUGUGGUAUUGCUACUGCCUCCAGUUAUCCUACAGUUUAAAAAGAAUUUAUCUUUUUUUUUUUUCAAUUUCAUUUUAAUUAUUUCAUUUAUUUAAUCAAAUUUAUCACUUUGUUUUUUUCAAUUA